AUGGGGCCGACCCCCCGCGCCCCGGCUCAUCCAGGCCAGCAGAAAACAGCUCCACCCCCAGCUCCCCGGGGGCAACCAGCGCCGCCCGACCGCCAGCAGAGACGGCGGUCAGCUGGUCGGUGCCAGCUGCCUUGGCUGCAGCCCCGAGCUGACUCCGUCCGACCUGGACCCUCGGGCGGGGACAUGAUCUACUUUGGAAGAAACAGAGCUAUCGAGAUUUGCGAACAGAAGGCAGAACCAUGGUCUUGCGCUGAGCAGCAGACGGUGACGGACCCCCCCGACCCAACAUCAGGUCACAGAACAAAGGAGCGCCUGGAUUCCCCCAGCCCUUCUCAGCGGCCCGGGUUCGGCCGGCUGCUCACAGGCUGCAGGCUGGAUGCCAGGCCUGGCACGGGAGGCCAUCCCCUCGACACCGAGUGCCGGGGGGUCGACGAGGACGCGGGCCCCCAGGCAGCUGGGGACCCUGUGGUAGACGAGCUGUCUGGAGACCGGCUGCCCCUUCCUAGCUAG